GCCAAACGCCCGAAGUCGGCAUUCACACUAGUACGUAUGCACGUACAAGUACCGUCAUUUCAGACGUUAGCAUUGCAGUUUAUCUAUUUAUUAAAUUAAUCUAAUCAAUUUUUAUCUGGACUUGAAAAUAAUUCAAACACGUGUUGAAACAGCAGUCUUCAAUUGUCAAGUGAAGUGACAGUACUGGUCGAAAAUGCAUUUAAAAAAAUAUUGAGUGAUUUUUUAAAUUUUAUUUUUGUGGAUAAGUGACAGUGACAUGCGAGACAAUCUGUGAUUUUAUUUAUUUUUUUUUUUAUAUUUUUAAAUGAGACUAUUUUUAUGACGUUCUCGAAUAUGGAAAAUAACGUGGAAGGGGUGCAACCUAGUGACAAAAAAUGGCAUACCCCCUUUAUGAGGCAGUGCUUCAUCACAGCGGGCGUGUCCCUGAACAUCGUCGCGCACGGCUGCGUCAUAGGCUUCUCUGCCAUCUUGAUUCCCAGUCUUAGGAGACCAGAGUCUCACAUCCACGCCACGCCCGCCCAGGAGUCAUGGAUAGCCUCCGUCGUGGGCGUCGCUCUAAUCAUGGGCAACUUCAUCAUUACACCUCUGAUGGGCGCCAUCGGCAGAAAGCGGUCCCACCUGUCCACCAUCGUGCCCAUCAUGACCGGCUGGAUCAUGCUGUUGCUGGCCAACAGUGUCGCAGGCCUCAUCGUCGCCAGAGUCCUUCAGGGCAUCGCCAUGGGCAUGCUCGGCCCACUAGGCUCCAUCAUCAUAGCUGAAAUGACAGACCCUAGGAACAGAGGCGCCUUUUUAACUUGCGUCUCUCUGUCUUUAACUAUCGGCGUCCUUUUCAGUCAUGCUUUAGGAACUAUACUAUCCUGGCAAUAUUGUGCGCUCAUCUGCUCAUUCUUGACGUUCACUAGUCUGAUCAUGAUCAUAUACGCUCCAGAAUCACCAUCGUGGCUGAUAUCUAAAGGGCGUUAUCAAGAAGCGAGCGAUAUCUUCUUCUGGCUCCGAGGACAGAAUGAUCUACAAGUAGAUGAACUGGAAAGCAUGGUAAAGGCCCAAAAGAUGAUUAGAAAAUCAAGCGUAGCUGGACAAACGUUAACUUUCGGGGCGAGGGUCAAGCGAGGCUUCCGAUACUUUUUCACGACCUGUAGAAAGCCUGGUUUCUAUAAACCAAUUAUUAUAAUGCUCUUCAUGUAUAUCAUGUUUCAAUUCGCCGGAAUCAAUGUUAUCAGCUCCUAUGCUAUAGAUAUUAUCAAAGACGUCGUCGGCCCUGAAGCAAAUGCCAAAGUUAUUAUGGUAGCAUUAGAUAUAGAAAGACUGAUUUGUAACAUUAUGGCUGUGUUUCUUAUGAAGUAUUUUGCGAGGAGAACUGUGCUAUUUAGCAGUGGAUCUAUAUGUAUUUUAGCAUAUAUUGGAAAGGGAACGUACGUGUACGCGAAGGAGAAUCAUAUCUUGCCAGCAGAUUUUGAGAAUCAAUGGAUACCUAUAACUUUAAUAGGAAUUUACAUGUUCUCACUAACGAUUGGUAUAUCAUCGGUGCCAUUUGCUAUAUCAGGCGAAAUAUUCCCAUUGGAAUACAGAGGAUUAGCGGGAGGCCUGAGUAUUUUACCACUAUCAUUGAACUUCUUUAUAGCUGUCAAAUUCUUCCCAAUUCUGAAGGAUGCUAUAACAUUGCCGUAUACAUACUUCCUGUAUGGAGGGGUAGUUGCUAUAUGUUUAGUGUUCCUGUACUUUAUGUUGCCAGAAACGAAAGAUAGGACGCUGCAGCAGAUUGAAGACUCACUAUGUGGAAUUUCUCGUGAGGACAGACUGAGUUCCGAGCCGCUGAAUAAGGAGGGUGGAGAAUUGAGAAGGUGCAGUUCGCAUAUCCUAUACUAAGAGCAAUCAGUAUUAUUAGUUAGCUUCAAUAAUGAAGUGAACAAGCGAAGUUUAUUGGAAUAUUAACAGUGAUCUUUAUGUAAUUGAAAUUGUAUAUUUUCAGAUAAACUUAUUUUAUACGUUAUAUAUAAUUAUGUUGUUGAAAUUGGAAAAUAUUAAAUUAAUUUACACAAUGAAA